AUGGAAGAACCAGGUAAUAGUAAAUAUGAUGACACCUUACUUCUUGAACAAUUCGGCUACAAACAGGAACUGAAACGAAGUUUCAGUUUACUUUCUAUGUGCGGUUUCUGUUUUGCCAUUCUAUCAUGUUGGACUGCUCUAGGAGGAUCGCUGGUUGAGGCUAUGAAUGCAGGUGGUCCCGUUGCCCUCGUUUGGGGAUGGAUCAUUGUGUGUGCCUUUUCACUCAUGGUGGCUCUAUCACUGGCAGAGCUGGCCAGUGCGUAUCCUGUUGCUGGUGGUCAGUAUUCUUGGGUCCUAAUACUGUGUAGAGGCACGAAAUGGGGAAAAGGACUCUCUUAUGCUACUGCCUUUAUUCAGUUGGCAGGUCUGAUCUGUAUGGGAUCAACUGCUCUCUACCAAUUUGGUUCAUUUGCGUGUGGAUUGGGAGUCCUUAACAGUGAUGGUGAGACAUGGGAACCUAAAGAUUGGCAAGUUGUUUUGAUUUGUUGGGCUCUCUGUUUGGUUUGCCUAGUUAUCAACAUUUUUAUAAAUAAGAUGCUUCACCAUAUCAGUAAAUUCGCCCUUUGGUGGACUAUUGGAGGCUUUAUCGUGUGUACUGUGACAAUUCUAGCAGUGUCAAAGUAUAAGCAGGACGCUAGUUUUGUAUUUACAGGGUAUAUCAAUAAUAGUGGAUGGAAUAACAAUGGCAUGGCGGUAUUUUUCCUGCAGAAUGCUGCUUACGGAAUGUGUUGUUAUGAUGCACCUUGUCAUAUGGGAGAAGAAAUGGAAAACGCAAGUAGAGAUAUCGCUAGGGCUGUGGUACUUAGUGUCGUAGUUGGAUUUGUUACCGGGUUUGCUUUUGUUCUAGCCCUUUUGUUCUGUAUCCGAGAUCUGGAUACUGUGGCCGCAACUGCAACUGGGGUUCCUUUAUUGGAAAUCUUUUUCCAGAGCACCAACAAUAGCAAAGCAGGAGCUAGCUGUCUCCUAGUCAUUAUCAUGGUUUGCCAGUUUCUUGCAUCCAAUGGUCUGCUUACUGAAGGAUCGAGAUCAGUAUAUGCUUUUGCUAGAGACGGUGCGUUUCCAUAUCAAAUCAACAAAUACAUGGGCACAGUAAACUCCAAUUACGAUGUGCCAAUCUGUGCACUUAUCUUCUGUGCUGUAUUGCAAUGUGCGUUCAUCGCCAUCUAUUUCGGAUCUAGUACUGCCUUCUUUACAGUCAUUUCGAUCGCCACUGUGGGUCUCUACGUGUCUUACCUUGUGCCCAUUAUUGUGGUAAUGUUUCGACGGAAGCUUAAGACUGCCGGAUACUAUAAUCUCGGCAGAUGGGGUCUUUGGGUUAACGCUCCAGCCGCCUUGUUUUUGAUUUACACCUCUGUAUGCUUCUUCUUCCCGACAGCAUUGCCCAUCACGGGAGACAACAUGAACUACACGAUCGCUGCGUUUGCAGUUUGUGCGAUUCUUGGGUUGCUCUCCUGGUUUUUAGGAGGUCGUCACACCUACGGUACUCUAACUGAAUCAGAGUUCUUAGAAGGUGUCCGUGAUGAACCGGUCGUCGAGAUUGUGGAACAAAAGAGAUAA